AUGGAUAUACUGCGAAAGACAAGGCCAACGAUGGGAACUGUCCAACAAAGUUUCCAGCUUCUAAACGUUCUCGUGGAUAACUAUGAUCCCCCAGUUAACGAAAUCCAUCGUGAAGGAUUAGAUAUAAUUUUGGUUGAAGGAAUGCAAUUCAAGAAUGUUUUCAUCCAGUAUUACGCGACACAUGCUCUGUCGGUACUUGCAAGAUACAUGACAGAAGAACAAUUGAAAAAUCUGAUACCGCGGGGAUUAAAAAAGGGAAUCACAGCUGUACUGGAACGCGAUGUUUUUUUGAUCAUCCAAGAGGGCAUUGAAGCGUGUUCACAUAUAGCCGUCAAGAGUUCUUCUCUGCGCGAUAAUAUUGCUAGUUGGGCUUCUUUGCGUGUAACAGAAUUGCUAGCUGCGCACCACCGUGGAAUAUCGCUUGAAUUUACACGCUCAGUUGCGUCACUUCUACAAGACUUGUGUUAUCAUAAACCCAUUCCGGAAUUUGUCCUAAAAUGUGUUGCAGGCAGUGUUCGUUUUCUUUUGCAACAUGAGGUUUUGUUUUUGCUUAUUUUCAAAUUACGAUUAACGAAACAGCUAUGA